AUGUCAAACAUUCUCGGAGUGUUCAACCCACCAGCAGGUCGGGACCUUACUGAUGAAGAGUGCUUACCAUGCACUGGAGUGCAACUGUUAGUGUGCUUUGGAGGUGGCGGCUAUUUUCUUUCGAAGUUGCCAUUCAAAGACAAAAAUGGGCUUGUGGAUUUAAAGAAGCACCCGGUAUGGUUCCAGCGAGGCAUCCGCGGACUAGGCGUUGCCCUUAUCGGAUUAGGCAUGUUUCGUCUCGGGGAGAUAGCCCAGAUCUUGUACAAAAGAAGAUGA